CCACAUCAAUGAAGUAGAAGAAGAGACAACUUUCUAAAAUGAUUCGACGUUUUUUGUCCAAGAGGUUUUCAUAAACCCUAACCCCUAAAUCGCACACCCAAGAAGAAGAAGUAGAAAUGAUUUUGAAGUUUUUAUCCACAAGUCCUCGUUCAUUCUAACCCCUAAAUCACAUAUCGAAGAAGAAGAAGAAGAAAUCCUGUGAAAUGAUUUUGAAGUUUCAAUUCAGAGAUCUUCAUUAACCCUAACCCCUAAAUCACAGACCGAAGUAGAAGAAGAAGAAGAAGAACCCUAAAUCUCUGGAUUCAAUUGAUUGAUCGGAAAGAAGAAGAACCCUAAACAUCUGAAUUCGAUAGAUUGAUCGGAAAAUGAAAGUACCAACAGGGUUUAUAGCUAAGCUUUGGAGCUUCGUCUCCUUCCUUCCUUUCUUCCUCCUCCUUCUCUCUCUUGGCAUAAUUAAAGGUGUCAUAAUCGGACCAAUUGUGGUGGUGAUAAUGGUGGUCGGAAACUCGGCGGUGGCAAUUGGACUUUGGGUGGCACAUUUCUUCUGGACCUACUUCUGUGUCUUCAAGACUAAAAGGCUUGGAUGGGUGUUGAAAAUACUUUUAAUUCUGUUCUUGCCUCUGCCUCUUGUGCUAUGGCCGGUUGUCGCCAUCGCCGGCAGCCUUCUCGGCGGUGUAGGUUUUGGGUUUUUUGCUCCAUUGAUUGCAACGUUUGAAGUUAUCGGUACAAAUCACAGAGACAAGUGCUUCCAUUGCUUUGUUGAUGGUUGUCGUUCCACACUCGAAGGAAGUUGCACGGUGGUUCGAGAUUUUACCGAUUUUUGCUUCCACUCUUACUUCUCCUUCAUGGAUGAUCUCAGUGAAGAAAUGCCCGCCGGCCAGAAACCGAUUGACAUCAGAUUAUCCAAGUUGCCGAAGUGUUUAUUCGUCCUUCCGAUUGCCGUUGCCGUUGACGUGCCGCUGAUAACCGUCGUGGCUCUGUGGAAGAGCCCGUACAUGCUGAUCAUAGGAUGGAAGAGGCUAUUAGAAGACUUAAUCGGGAGAGAAGGGCCGUUUCUUGAAACCGUUUGCGUGCCUUUCGCUGGACUUGCGAUAGUUUUAUGGCCGUUGGCGGUGGUUGGAGCCAUGAUUGCUUCUUUCUUUUCCAGUUUUGGUCUUGCUCUGUAUAGUGCGAUGAUCGUCCACCAGGAAGAUUCGAUUAAAUUUGGGCUUGCGUACAUUAUGGCUGUAGUUUCAAUGUUUGAUGAAUAUACAAAUGACUUGCUCUAUUUAAGGGAGGGAUCGUGCUUUCCGAGACCAAGAUACCGUGAGAACAUGAAAACAUCUGAUCGGCUCGAGAGGAGUUUGACAGGUAACGAUAACAAGAACGAAAAGGAAAGCUCGAGAGGUUCUCGGCUGGUUUCACAACGUUCGAAGACUUUGAAACAAGCUCUCCAACAAUACACACCUGUGCAGGUGUGGGAUUGGCUGUUCAAAUCGUGCGAGGUGAACGGAAGAAUACUUCUGCGUGACGGUUUAAUAGACGUGAAAGACAUAGAGGAAUGCAUCGUGAAGGGAAGAUGUAAGAAGUUGGACAUCAAAUUACCGGCAUGGUCCAUAUUGCAGUGUCUUCUUGCUUCGGCAAAAUCCGAAUCUUCCGGUUUAGUUAUCUCGGAUGAGGUGGAAUUAACAAGGACGAACUUGCCAAGGGAUAAAGUUUUCGAGUGGUUUAUUGGGCCGCUCCUGAUCAUAAAGGACCAAAUCAAGGGGCUUCAACUGAACGUAGAUGAAGAGAUCUGCCUACGAAAGCUCGUGAUGAGGUACAAGAACGAGAAACCCGAAGACUGGGACGAUAGCGGUUUUCCAUCCAAUGAUCAUGUCAGACGAGCACAGCUACAAGCCAUCGUUCGAAGGUUGCAGGGCAUAGUAGGGUCGAUGUCUAGGAUGCCAACGUUCAGGCGGAAGUUCAAGAACUUGGUGAAGCUUUUGUAUCUUGAGGCACUUCAGGCGGGGAUUCUAGCGAGCCAAGAUGUGGCAGAUUCGAAAAGUGGGCAUAGAUGUCAGGGUUCGGUUAGUACAGUGGGCUCGACACCCAUGACCCAGGAUGAAAACCCGCGUAAUGCUCAAGUUUCUGAGGAUGUGGUAUGAUAAUCAUACCACAUCCUCUCGAAAACCUCCAAAAACCGAACACAUUGUACUUUUGUCUUUUGGUUUUUGUUUGGAGGUUUCUAAAUCAUGAUGGUGGACCGUUGAGGUUUGACAUAUGUGCGAGAGACAUGAUAGUAAACCGUCGUAGACGAGAUGUCGUUUCGAUUCAGUGAUCGUGAGGCUCUGUUGAUUCGUUUUGUGCAGUGAAGUCCGAAAGUUGGAACUAUUGGUGACGAAGUGUUCCAGGGGUUGGACUCGGGUGCACGGGAGAGCUUAAAUGUAUGGGCUAUGUGGCUCAUACAACCAGGGUUCGAACUCGGGUGCACGGGAAAUCAAUUUCUUUUCUGGGACAAAAAUUGCAAUAUUGUUAUUGUCAAAGUUAUUAGUUUUGUAUAUAGGGAUGAAAAGCAGUCUGAUGUGUUGUAUAUUAUUACUUGGAUGUGAUUUCAGAUAUUUUGAAUGUUAUGAUUCUUUUGAAAUAAAAUAUCUCUAACAUAAUUUAAA